UCCAAAGAAGUUGAUUUUGCUGUGUUCAAAGGCGGUAAAAUUUGGUUUCGUAAAGUAUUUACCGGUUUUAUAACCGGAUCUUGCUGUCUGGAAAAAAAUCCUGUGGAUUUGAAGAACCUUGGUUGUAUAAACAUGUCACAAAAACUUUUAUCCGAAUAUUUUGGAUCCAACGCUGGCUGUAAGAGGAAAUUUGAUGAAAUAGAGGGUAUAAUCAAGGAAGAGACAAAUGAAGAAACCCUUGCUUUAUCAGAUAGAGCUGCAAUAAUUGCAUUAGCAAAGGUGAAACCUGCAUUAUCUGCAAACAUUGGUUUGAGUUGGUUCAGAGCCCUAGAAAGAGAAUUUCGCAAGGAUUAUUUUGACAAGCUUGGUGAAUACUUAGUUGCUGAAAGAAAAAAGUACACUGUAUAUCCUCCUGAGAAAGAUGUAUUCUUCUGGACUAAUACUUGCAAGAUUUCUGACGUGAAGGUUGUGAUUUUAGGACAAGAUCCAUAUCAUGGACCAAAGCAGGCUCAUGGACUAGCAUUCAGUGUUCGCAAAGGUGUGCCAUGCCCUCCUAGUUUGCUCAAUAUAUAUAAAGAAUUAUCAACUGACAUAAAUGGAUUCAAAAACCCUCAGCAUGGCUAUCUAUAUGGAUGGGCUGCACAAGGUGUUUUACUUCUAAACACUUGUUUAACGGUGCGAGCUGGAAAUGCUAAUUCUCAUCAACACAUUGAAAAAGAUGGAGGCUGGGAAAAAUUGACAGAUUCCGUCAUCACCUGGUUAAACAGCAAUCUGUCUAAUGUUGUUUUUAUGCUGUGGGGUGGAAAUGCUAAGCAAAAGAUUAAUUUCAUAAAUUCAGAUAAGCAUCUCAUCUUGACUGCUGCUCAUCCAUCUCCAUUGUCAGCACACCGUGGAUUCUUAGGAUGUGGUCAUUUUUCCAAAGCUAAUGAGUAUUUGAAGAAGCAUAACAAGAAACCAAUCGACUGGUCAUAUCUCCCUUAAAGUUAUGUUUCAAUGAUGUAUAUUUUGAAUACUUACAUUGUCAGAAAUCAGGUUCAAGACUAGUCUCAUUUGGGUGCCUUAUAUUCAUGUUAUUUGAAUUGUUUUGUAAUUCAUAAAAUAAAAUGCCUUUCAUAUUGUCCUGUUAUUUCAAGUGAUAGUUUCUUCAGUUCUUUACUGGGUUUAUUAUCAAAAAUUCUAAUGAUCAAUAAUAACUUGGGAACAACUUUUAAAAUACCUACAUGUAUUUACAUACUUGCUAGCAAAUUUUAUUGAUAUCAUUAAACCCACAUGAGUGAACAUCAACAUUUCCAGCAUAAAUAUAUUAUUCAAUCAUUUAGCCAUGCAAUUGAACAGUUGAGUUCAUUCAAGUUAUCUAAUUUCAAAACUUAUGUCAAAAUAGUCUUGAUUGCUAUGAAAAUAUCUUAAGUUUUCUUGGAAGGUUCUUGAUUUAUUCUUUUCAUGCAAGGCAUAAAACUGAUCAGUAGAAGUCAGUAUUCUGCAACUUGGUCCGUCUUUUCAGAAUGUAGUCAGUAUUUUUUUUUUUUUUUUUCAAAAUUUACUAAAUAAUUAAGAAAAAAUUAGCAUUAAAUUAUGGCAAAAAUUUCACUAUUUUGGUAAAAUGCCAAUAUUUGAACCUAAUUUGCCUACCCGGGAAAUUAACAUUACUUGCCAAGAAUCAUUUGUUUUGUACAACUGUAAAACUUAUUUUGUAGCAAAGCUUCUCUUUUAGUCUAGAGCAUAAUUAUUGCAGAAAAAUUUAUAAAGCAUCGACUAAAUCAAAAUUAAUAAGUGCAAAGGCUGCUUUUGACACAUCAUCAGAACGAUCUUUAAUUUUUAAAGGGAUUCUUUGAAUGUAACUAGAAAAUUUACGAAUUUUUCUGCAAUAAUUCUGCACUUUCUUCUUAGUUUCUUCAUCGCCACAAUUUUUUUUUUUUUUUUUUUUUUUAACAAAAGCUGGAUCCAUAGUCACUUAAUCACACUGUAGUACAAGGUGGACUUACUUUUGAAGUACAGGCCUGUUCAUCCUCAUUGUCUUUUUAACCGACUUCAAAAAAGGAGGUUAUGAUUUCGACAUGCGGCUUUUUAUGUAUGUUUUUGGAUUAUUCCAAAACUACUGGACCGAUUCGAAAAAUUCUUUUUUUUGUUUGGAAGGGUAUAUUUCCCAGAUGGUCCCAUGGUAAUUUGGUCUGGAUCUGACAAGGGAUUCCUGAGAAAUCUAAGAAAGUUUGAAUUUCACACGUUGUGGAUACGUAAUCAGCUUACGUCACCGGUCACGUGGGUUUUUUGUGACCAGAGCAUUUCUCACAGCAAAGGUUUUGCCUUUGUCUUGAACGAGAAUUCUCGCGGCAUAUGGAUGAUUAAUUUAUGCCGCCUGCUAAUUUUUACUUAUACGUGUUACCAAUUUUUACUAUUUAGCAAAGCAGUAAAUUAAAUAUAUUUUGCUACUUUAAUAGCUGAAUCAACUAACUUAAUAUUAUUUUUAACUAAAAUAACUUAAUUUAUUCACUAAAAUGUCUUUUUUUAUAUAAUUCAGUUUUUAAACAUAUUUGGUGUUCAAUCCAAGAGGAAUUGAAUUCAGAACACCUCUCCCCGAUGAUAUAACUUAUAUUCUUUAAUAAUAUGUUGUAACUGGUGUCUGAUUUCUCGAGUUGGACCAGUAUUCUAUGGAUUUACUUGUUUACAAUGCUGCCAGUUCAAUUUGAAAUUAGGGUAAUACUAAUUAGCAGGCUUCAAAAAAAAAGAGGAGGGGGUUCAGAACUCAAUGGAUUAGUUUUCUCUUUGUACAAUGUUCUAUAAAUACUCGAAGACACCUAUACCCAGGAGCAUGAACGGGGGGUGGGGUGAGAAAGAACACCUGUUUGCCUGGGCCUGAGAAUGAAGGGAGCUCAAUAUUUUUAAAACUAGGGGUGAACUAUUGGGAUAAGCAAUAUGGAGGGGGCCCGGAAAAGUCAUUUGUUAACGGCCCCAAAAUUUCUGUGCACGCCCCUGCCUAUACCAAUUAGGAUUUUUUUUUUUGGUUUGAAACCGUAUACCCUGGCAGUCGAAUGGUAAUCAAGUUCAAUUUUGAUGAAAUUGAGGGAACUCUUCAAAUAUACUCAGAUUUAAAGCAAUUUACUUCUUUAACUUUGUAUAUCAUCUCACUUAGUAAACGGGGUUUUUUAUGAUUUUUUUUUUUUUUUUUGAAUGGAUAGGGGGUGGUCUAACUUUACUCUAAGGUUUCAAAUCUUUGAUUUACCCUUUUUGUUCUUUAUAGAAAAGUUAUGGGUAAAAAACAAAUUUCAUGUAAUUUCCCUCAGAAACGAUUAAAUAUAAAACCCAUUGUUAAAAAAAAAUGCCAUAAAACACAAAAGUAUAUGUUUUCUUGACCCAUAGUUAAAGAAAGUACUAGAAAACAUUAUUAUUAAGAGUAAUCAUAAUGAAAUUUUGAAUCAAGGAUUCUCUGAAGCAAACAUAAAAUUCAUUUGAGUGGAAUUUUUUAUCUUCAUCUAUAACAGGGCAUUUGAAGAACCAUGCAACUUUUAUCAUGAGUUACAUGACAUGUAUUCUUGUGAAACGUAAUUUACAAUUUUACGACUUGCAAUUUGCAG